AUGUUCUCUUCCGUGGAGUACGCGCCUCUAGGCUACCAGGAACGCGGAAACUACAAGAAACACAAAAAAUGGGUGUGGUACACGGGAGCAGGCAUUCUGGUCGUUGGGAGUUUCAUUGCCGUCGUGUAUCACUUCGCCGGAGAAGACGACACAUCGCUGAAUCUUCGUCGGUUUCGUCAGCAGUUCUUCCCGAAUGCUGCUGUCAGUGCCGAUGCAGCUCCUUGUGCUCGUCAUGGAAAGGAAGUGCUGGAUGAAGGUGGAUCAGCUGUGGAUGCGGUGAUUACAGCACUGUUGUGCAAUGGGUUAUCCAAUGCACAUAGCAUGGGCAUUGGUGGUGGUUUCGUCAUGACCAUCUGGGAUGGCGUGACAAAAACUGCGCAUGCGUUAAUUGCUCGUGAGUGGGCUCCUUUGGCAGCCACUGAGGACAUGUUUGGGGGAAAUGGAACGCUGUCCGUAACAGGAGGCUUAGCUGUUGCUGUACCUGGUGAGAUCAUGGGCUACUGGGAAGCUCACCAGAAGUUCGGCAAGCUGAACUGGACUCGACUCUUCCAACCCGCAAUUCAAAUGUGUGAAGAAGGCAUGGUUGUGCAGAAACCUCUGGCUGAUGCCAUGAAGAGCAAACGCCGAGAAAUCCGUGACGAACCCACAUUACGAGAGAUAUUUUGGAAUGAGGAGACGAACAAUGUGUACGAGUUAGGAGAUACGAUCAAACGCCCGGUUUUGGCUGUCACCUUGAAGAAGAUCGCUCAACAUGGUGCUGAUGAGUUGUACCAGGGAAUCACUGGCGCCAAACUUGUUGAGGACAUACAAAAAUUUGGUGGCAUAAUUUCCAUGGCCGAUUUGAAAGCGUACAAGGCGAAGUGGUACACGCCGUUCUCUGUGAGAAUCAAUUCCUUGAACCUUGAUCUCCAUACAACCCCUGCACCAAGUUCUGGUCCACUCAUGGGCUUUAUCCUGAAUGUGGUGGAAUCGUUCGGCACGCCGAACGAUUCGAAGCCAUUUUCUGAAUGGAAUGCAUCUGACAGAAUCACCACCGCGCAGAGAAUCAUAGAGGCCUUCAAGCACACCUACGGGAAACGGACUUUGAUGGGAGACCCGGAGUUUCUUCAGGACAACGCCUUGUUUCAGGAAAUGCUGAGAAACAUCACGAGUGAAGGGUUUGCGGACUAUGUGAAAGGGCUGAUCAGGGACAACAUGACAUUCUCGGAUCCGGAUUACUAUGGAGCGGAUCUCUACUCACCAGAUGAUCAUGGAACAGCGCAUGUGUCCGUCACGAGUGCCGAUGGCAGUGCUGUGGCUGCGACGAGCACCAUAAACUUGUAUUUCGGAGCAAAGAUAAGGUCACCAUUGACGGGAAUAAUCUUGAACGACGAGAUGGAUGACUUCUCCGCACCAAACAUCACGAAUGCCUUUGGGAUCCCCCCUUCUCCGAAUAAUUUCAUCAAGCCUCAGAAGCGACCUUUAUCUUCCAUGUGUCCAGCAGUUUUCGUGGAUAGAACUACUCAGGAAGUCAGGCUUGUGACCGGGGCUGCAGGAGGAACUAAAAUCACGACUGCUGUAGCGUGGGUUUCAAUGCUGAACUUGAUGUUCAGUGAAACUUUGAUGGAUUCCACGGCGGCUGCGAGGUUUCAUCACCAGCUAUUUCCCAUGGAGAUCACCGCGGAAAAAAAUUUUCCAGAGGAUAUUUUGCUGGGUAUGAGAAUGAUCGGACAUAAGGUGAACGGUUCCGAAGGGUUUGCAAGUGUUGUGAGUAUCGCGAAAACACCUCAAGGUUGGAAUCCUGUGUUUGAUCCGAGGAAAAUUGGAGAAGUUGCCGGGAAUUGAAUGGUCAGCUGUGUUGUCUGGGAUUUCUGUCGUUGAAGAUGGAAACGGAAUUGUUUCAGCUAGAGUCUUGAGAGGCGGGUUGGUUAGGAUUCACUUAGUCAGGAUUUUAUAUUUCAUGGACUGCCGUUUCAGUCGACGGAUAUGUUUUCGAGCUCUGAGUGUGAAUGGAUUUUGUUGGAUGGUUCCUGCGUCCUCUGAGAUAUCGUGGUUUGAUCGGUUUCAAGGAGUGUUCUGCUUGGCUGGAAUAAAAAACUUUGUUUCAUGCCUCA